GUGCAUGAACUUUCCUAGAAGUUCAGAAAAACAAGAAGAAUGGUUGGACUAAUGGAGUUGGAUAAUAAAGCAUAUAUUUUUCUGCUAUCUCUCUUCCUCCCAUCUCUUUCAUAACAAAGUUCAGCGGGCAAGUCAGACGUUGACAGAAAAUCAUCUCUCCAUUUCUGAUCCUCAAACAAAAGACGUACAUCUCUUUAUUUCUCUGUCAAAGACAAUUCGCUUAUGAAUGAUUCGAGCAGAUUUUUAGAACUUGGCUGUGUUUAUGCAUGAAUUAAAGAAAAUUUAAAGUUUGCUGGCAAAAAGCGGGCGGGGCAUCUCCUCCAAUCAUGCCAGCCUAGUGGUAAGGAAAAGUUAGUAUAAAGCUUUGGAUGGAAAGCGUCGGGGAAAGACAGAAUAUUGGAUCGGGCAAAGGUCAUAAUUCGCAGGAACAUUCUAUAGUGUUAAUAAGAGGAGGUAGAGUGAAAGAUUCGUCAGGUGUGAAAUCCCAUUGUAUUCGAGGAGUCAAGGAUUUGCUGGGAAUUCCGGAUCGAAGAACGGGAAAGCUAGUCUUGGGAUUGCUGUUUUAUCCUACUGAUCUAUGAAAGUUUAGGCUUUACUCUAACUGGUCUGUUAAAGUCUCCUUGCUACGGCCUUUAUUAAAUACCCCUAGCUCGGAAGGUUACUUGGAUCUUUCAUUUUUGUACUCUACUCGUUCCUUGAAGGUCCUGCCUCUUAUUUGGAUUUAUUACAGUUGCACAUCAUUGCUGAUCUGGUGUACUUUUAUUUUGUUGGGCUCCCUUGAUGUGCUUUGAUUGGCUUUCAAAGCACUAUUUCCAAAUUUAAAUAGAUUUUUUAGAUCAAUUUUAGGGCUUGGGUAUGUUGAUGCACAAGCUUCUGCCUAUUCAAUUCUCUGCCCGUUGUUUGAACAUAUGUUCCACUAUGAUUUUACUGUUUGUAAAUCACACUUCUAUUUUAUUGUUCAUAUAGCACAUUUGUUUUUUCAGGUCUACAUCACAUAUUUUAUUAUAAAAACAUCUUUUUACUUUGCUUUUCGAAUCUUUGUUUUCAUGCUGGAGGCAGUCUUCGGCCCCGUUUGAAACUUGGAAAAUAUUAGGUGAAGGAAAGGAAAAUACGAAGGAAUCCAUUUUCUUUAAGAAAAUACAGUGGAAAAUGAAUUUCCUUUCCAUUUUUCUUUCCUUUCCUUUCUCAAACAAGCUCCUUGAUCCAAAUGCACCACCAGACUUUUAGUUUUGUGGGUGGGGGAAUUUUUGACUUUUGUGUUUGUUUUGCUUUGUUUGUUUUUUGUUUUGUUUUUGUUUUUGUUUUUAGAAAUGGUUCAUGAUCGCAUAAAUUGGCAAAAAAUGAUUCAUAUAGUCGACCCCACUUAGUGGGACUAAGGUUUGGUUUUGUUGUUGUUGUUGUUUUGUUUUUGUUUUUGUUUUGUUUUGGUUUUUUUUUUUUUUUUUUACCUUUGUUUUGUUCGGAAGGUGUGAAGUGGUUGCACAGAAGAGCUCAUGAACUCUUCAAGAAAUUAAAAGGAAGAAUCCUUGGUCAAAUGGACUAAAAUAUUAAAAAGCAUAAUCUUUCUGCUAGUUCUCUUUAUCUCCUUCUCUUUCUUUCACCAGUAAGGACAGUGGGCACAUCAGGCAUUGGAUCAUGUCUAUAUUUCAGACCUUCAAAUUAAAAAGAAACAUGUUGACUGCAUGCUUGAAAAGAAAUAGGAGAAAAGAAGCGACUGCUGAGACAGCAUUGAAGCAAAAUGGUGCAAUGUUACUCAAAGAGGUGAUUGCUUCUUCUUAUGGAAAAUGUUGUCCUAUCCGGUGCUUCUCUGUCGAAGAGCUGAAAAAAGCAAUAAACAUCUGUGACCAACGCCAUGUUUUAACAAUAGAUGGCCAUUAUACACUCUAUAAGGGCUCUCUUCAGGGUAGACCAAUUUGCAUUAAGGAAUAUUCACCAUCUAUGAAUAUUAGUUCAGUUAUUAAAGAGAUUGUGAUUGCAUCCUGUAUGAGCAUUCAAAAGAAUGUUCUGAAGCUCUUAGGAUGCUGCUUGGAGACCGAAAUCCCUAUUCCAGUGUUCGAGUUUGCAGAGAUUAAGGGAACUUUGAGCUAUAGUCUUUUUGGGUCCUCCGGAGCAGAGUGGCAGCCUCUACCAUGGAAAUGCAGGUUAAGGGUCGCAGUGGACGUAGCAAAUGCAGUUGCAUACCUACACACUGCCCUUCCCAGACCCAUCAUCCACAGGAACAUUAAGCCUGAGAACAUUAUUCUGGAUCAAAGUAAUUUUACCAAAUUGUCUGAUUUCUCUUUUUGCGUAUCCAUUCCUGAAGGCGAAACACAAGUAAAAGUUGAUGUUGUCACUGGAACGUAUGGAUUCAUUGCACCAGAGUACAUAACUACCAGUUGUUUGACUGAGAAAGCUGAUGUUUAUUCUUUUGGUAUGCUUCUGCUGGUGCUUUUGACUGGACAAAGGUACUUCUGGAGCCUAAUUGCUAGGGAUAUAGAUGAUCUUGAUGAAGUAUCCAACCCCGCAAAGUAUUUUGUUGAAAACAACAGGUUGAGUGAGAUUGUGGAUCCCGUAGUAUUGGAAGAAGCAGCUGGAAGGGCCGAGGUGGAGCAGCAGUUGCAGGAUUUUGCAACAGUUGCCAUUUAACAGUUGAAGAUAGGCCAACAAUGAUUCAUGCAGCAAAACAACUCAAGCAGAUUGAAGGCUCCAUCCAAAUUUGUAAUUUUUGAUAACUUUGGUGUUGGACAUUUGGGUAUAUUUUAGUUUAUUUAUUUAUCUUUUACUUGGAUUCCGAAAAAAUAGUAUUUGUAAUCUUAACUGGGUUUGGACCGCUUUAUUGUGAGUCUUCUCUUUUGUUUUCUC